AUGGACCGAUAUGAUGCUGCCCGGCGAAGGCAGGCCCGCCCUGGUAGAUCGGCAUUAGGAUACUGGCUGCCCUUGGUCGUCACCGUAACCAUUGCGACGGCUGGAUUCGCCGCCUGGAUCUGGAGCGAACGCCAACAAGACGACGACGAUGAUAACGACCGACAUGAUGAUACUGAAGACGACACAUAUGACCACCCUCUCGAAUACCCCGAAGAUAUACCACAAUCCCGAGACCAGACUUCUGACACUCGCGAUGAAGGCUUCCUGUCCCGCAUGACCGGCCGCACACCAUCACCUCAGCAGUUCUUUGACAACGCCGGCCAACGUAUACGCUCCGCUGUUGGUAUCUCUGGUUCGAGUACCCUAGGGAAACAACAAGAAGGUCCCGAUCCCGCUUUCUCAGACAACGAACAUUGGAACGAGGAGGCAGAGACCAAGCGAUCACAGAGACCUGCUCAAUCGAGUCACACAACCAAAAAGCCAAACAGGACUGUAGCUAUCGUCUUGAAUGGACAAGAUCAAGAUGAUGAAUCCACAUAUCCUACCGAGCAUGCUCACAUCGAUCCAGCAGCCACCAACCUGUUUAUCUUGAUCUAUGCACCCAACCAAUCUUCUCUCCCUGAACUUCCAACGUCUACAUCAGCCUCGACCACUCUCUCGUCAUCAUAUGCAUCUGUCUCCUAUCCUGCCGCAUCUCCCAAAUCGCUGUUCGACUCUCUCUGGCAAAAGUCCUUAUCUCUGGUAGAUAGGUCUUCGCAAGUCAUGCCUUUCUCGACCCCAACCGGCUACAUCCACAUUCUCCGCCAUCUGUCACCAUCACUCGUCUACCUAUCCGACAUCCCUACUCUGUCAGGCCACAACGGCGAACAUGUUCGACAGCUCAGAGGCUGGGUUGGUCAGACCAUUCUCGUGGUCGGCGAUGACGGUGCCGGUGGCUUGGUAGAUACAGAAACCGAAACCGAAGACGAAGGAUCACGAAGGGGCAAGGCCAGAGAGGGAAACUCUGACAAGUGGUGGGAGACCUCGGAUCUCGUCGGUCUCGGAAAAGAUGUCGAGGUUGUUGAUAUAGGACGCUUGGACGAGGAUUGGUCGAGAAGAGUCGUGAGCUCGAACUGA